UCUUGUUAACCGACUGGCAGACUCCGGUCUACAAGUGGACUUUGUCCCGCCCUCGACUGCUCCCCCUACUCUCUUACCCCCCGCCCCCCUCUUCUUUUAAACCUAAUCUUGGUCCUGUUUUUAACUGGGGAUGGGCUGUGAGACAUAAUCCGUUGUAGUUUGUGCGCCCCCAUCCCGCCUUCUAGCUCUUAUCCUCUUAAGGCUCUCAUUGGGGGGCUACCCCACGUUGGGUCCCCUCCUCACCUCUAACGCUGUCCCCUUUCCCCCACAAAAGUGUCACUCACUUCACCUCGGUAUACACGGGCAAUAAAUCGGUCCUGUACCCCGCAAGCUUUCCUGUACACGACCUGCCUACAAGGUAUCAGUCCCUCAGCUCCAGGAUUUGCUCACUCAUUCUUUCCACCGGGUCAUUGGUCAGCGGGUCCAGGGAUUCUCUGGAAUGAUAUGCGUGCGGCCCGUGCCUUGCCGUGGGUCUCUAUAUAAACUGCGAAGCCGUUGGGCGACGCAGGGAGAUUCAUGUGACAUUCCUACCACCUAACCCUAACCCUAACCCCUAACCCUAACCCUAACCCUAACCCUGGUCACCUCUUUCCUCAUACAGGCCACCCGGUAAUUCUUCACUAAACACAACCAUUCAAAAUUCAUGCCUAAACCUAACCAGUGACGUAUGCAUGCCUAAACCUAACCAUUGACUCAACAGGCGGUUAAGUGUCCUUCAAUUAUGUGCAAAUGGGCAAUUCUCAGUGUGACAUUGGGGUACAUGAUAUAAAUGUAAAUAAAACACCAGGGGUGAGCUUUAUUUAAUUGUGUGUGUAUAUGUAUAUACAAUUGUGUGGUGAUUUUCCCUUCUCAUAUUCAUUUUUUCAAUGCAUGUUCAAAAUUCAUGUUGCAAUGUCUAGACACCGCAUGGGGAUAUAGACUGCUUUAAUUCUAUGUAAAACACCACACCUAUUCUAUUUAUAGUUCCUCUAUAAUGAUUGUUUUUUGCUCUACUUUGUUAUUACCUUCGAUUUUGUUGUGCUGAUUAUUAUGUGAUUAUACUGAGAGGGUAUUGGUGUUUGUCACAUCUUGAUGCAUUUCACCUUGAUAUCCCUCCGCGAGGUAUGACGUAUGAUUGGUCCGAGGGACCAGAGAGGUGAAAGGUCACGGCCGCCAUCUUUGUUAUGCAAAUUCGGUCGGACUUUCUUUUUCAACGUGGUGACCGUGGACGCAACACCUGCGCUCACCAUCUCAGUUUUAAAGAACAAAUUAUUAGCCUGAAGAAGGAUACAGCAGUAUCCGAAACGUUGCUAUAUAUAUUCGUUCUUGUUCUGUUUGUUGUUUUAUUUUUGGUUCCUUGUUCAAAGAAGAAUAAAUAAGGUAAAAGACAACUUUUUCUUUGCCGUUCUUUGGAAGCUAAAUGAACAUGAGGCUCCGCUAGCUUAGCCAUGUACCACGAGGACCGAGAGACUGAAGGAGAUUGGACGGUGGUACGCUAUGGGAGGCGCCGCGGGCGGCACAAUGAGCCUCCCUACCCACCGGACCAACGAGCACCGCAGCAGUACCAGCGACAACGGCCCCGCUAUCAACGAGACUCGUAUGCGGACGUCGCUCAGAGAGCUCCCGACCGAAGAGGUGGGCCGCGGUUGCGCAAUAAUGGCGGCCAAAACAACAGGUACGCGGAGAGGUCAGCGGACCGCGGCACACGCCGGGGACCGCCCAGACCCCGCUCUUUUGCUCCUCGUUUCCAACGGCCCAAGUACUCCAACAACAACAACCGCUAUUUUAACAAUAAUCAGCACAACACAUUCCAGAGUAAUGAGGGCGCUCGUCAGUUUCCCAGGUCUGAUGAUCCCUUAUUCCCCAAUAAGUGCCGUAUUCUGCACAGGAUAAUUAAGGCUGCACACCACUUUACAAACAUUAAUCUGGCAGACCCACCCAUCACCAUUGCUAGAAUGACCAAACAGCUAGCUACAUUUAUUAAACCGGCCAUCCCUACCACAGACACACAGUCACUGAUCGAUGGUAAUGCAAAGAAUUGGGAGCAUACCACACUGGUCAUCUUGCAGGACCACUAUGAGGCUGUGAUAAAGAGGGAAAUUGAAAGCCUACACAGUCUCAACAGUCCAGACUGGAGUGCUCCCUUUGAUGUGGCCUCAGCCUGGGCGAGAAGGGACUUUGGCCGUAGACUGCACCCUGAAACGCUGGUGGAGGCAAAGGAGGCCGUGGUGGACUGGAUGGCUGUGCUGUUGACGGAGGACCCACAACCGGCCCCUGCUGUGUCGGCGCCCACAGUGACAACAACCCGGUCCAACUCAUCGUUGCAUCCCCUGAGGCGAGUGAGGCCCGGCGACGCAGCAGAACCGCUAAGUACAACGACCACUCACAAUUUCGAAGCCCAAGCCCCCCCAGAACCACAACGACCCACAACAGCCGUCACACGCACCAUCAGAGCCCAGGUCCUCCCAGAACCAGCACAUCCCACGGCAGCGGCGGCAGCAGCAGCAGCGCCUGAUCCGGUUUCUGUGCACAUCGUCGAGGCCCAGAUCCUCCCGGAACCACGGGUCGCGGAGCUGGUUGUGACGGCGCCCCCAUCACCUGUUGCAGUGCCAGAGCAGCCCAGAACUUUACCAAUGGUACCGAACCUGAUGGACACUCCCAUCGAGGUCAACUUUGACUUGGGCACCCUCUCCCCCUCCACCCCACAGUCGACGCCGGGGGGCUCCCAACGUGGGACCCCGGACACCCCGUCCACACAGCGCUCCCAGCCCCUGCCGCAGAGACCACUGAGGCUGUUUGCCAGCAGACCGGAGACUUCGCCAGGAUCGGAAGCAGCGGCCUCAGCAUCAGCUUCGGCGGCGUCCUCACCAGCAGCGUCAGCAGCAGCAGCGGUGGACCCACAGCCCAGGGGCUGGGCCCCCAACUACCGCAACCCAUGCGUGAUCCAGAACACGGACGCCGUAAUAGAGCUCUCCCAGGAGAGCCUCGAGCAGCUGAUGCAGCAGGAGCCGGAGCGACCGUCGUCCCGGAUCCAGGAGGACCUGAGACGCGUCCCCCUCACACCUUCCAGCACCAGCAGACUACGGACGGCGGUGCAGACGCAGCUGAUCCAGACGGCGACCACUUCUGUCUCCAGCCAGCGGACGCCGCCACAACAGGUGCCACUGCGACCCACGAGACACCGGUCGACCAUGCGGAAGGCACAAGAGUGGAGCCUCCGUGUGGCCAAAAAGUGGCUCAUAAUAGGAGACUCCAACGUGGCAAAACUCCCGGAGCACGACAACGUGCACCUACAAAUUGAUGCGUUUCCGGGCGCCACCUUCAGAAACGCAGAGCUGUUGAUGGAGAAGACAAGCUGUGAUGUCACGGUGGAGAAGGUCAUUCUCUCCUUUGGCAUCAACAACCGUGUGCAAAAGACACAAGAGACGGCCAUUAAACAGCUGCAGAGAGCUGUGAACAAUGUAAAGCGUACAUUUCCCUCUGCUGACAUUUUUGUCCCCCAGGUGAACUUUUCCACCAGCCUGCCCAGCAAGGAGAAACUGAGACUCACGCACCUGAACGCUGCCAUCGCGAGGAUGUUAUUGCAAGAGAGAGUCAAAGAUGGAACCAUUAGUUUGUGGGCUGUGCCACUUGACCCCAGUAAACCUGAGGCAGCACUUAAUGGUCGGCCACAUGGUGGCAAACAGGCAGGAGCUGAAGCUCCAGGACUCACUUAUUUUUCAUUUCCUAUCGCAGAGCGUGAAGCCAUCAGGCUGAGGGCCAAGCGGGCCUCUAUUGUGAGGGAGCUGGCCGCCCUCCGCAGCACAAAGCCGGAGCCGCCCAUGGUGUCCUACCUGGACAUGGGGAUCCUCCAACCACUUGAUGUAAUUCAAGAGGAGUCGGAGGAGGAGGAGGAGGACCAGGACCAGGCCUCACCUCGGGCAAGCAGGGGAGCAGGGGAGGGCAAGCCGGGGAGCCCUGACCCUGCAGGCCUGACCGGGCCCCGGAUGACCUCCACACCGGUCCAUGGGUCCCCGAGGGGCUUGGCAGCCCCGUGCAGCGGCUGCCAAGCCCUCACGGAGCGGUUGCUGCUGCUGGAGAGGAAGGACUUCCUCUCCAGCUGCAGCUUCAGGCACACAGAGAGCUUGUAUGGUUGUUGA